UCAUUUUUAUAUUCAUAUAUUUUAUUUUUCUCAUUUUCAUCUCCCUUCACCUUUCUCCUAGAACUUCAAGAGAGAAUCAAUUCCUCAUCAUUGGAAUUGUUUACUCUCUCAAUUCCUAGCUUCUCAUUGUUUUCCACUAAUAAAAAUCACUUCUUUUUUUUCAUUCUUGGUUUUAAAUUAUGCUUAAAAUCUCUUAUAGACCCAUCAUAGUUUUUGGUCACAUUUUGCUUUAAAGAUCUUUGCUUUAAGCUUUGGAUAAGUUUAUUUUUGUUGGGUUGGAUUUGUUUUCAUUGAUUCUUCCACCCAAACAAAAAAGUUUCAAUUUUUGUUUUUUUUUUCUCUCUCUUGUUUUGGUGGACUUGUGGAAUGCUUUGGUCAGAGGUUUCUGUAACAUGUUCUAGCAGCCUUUUGGUGAAUUGGUUCUUAUAGUUCAUACCUCUUUUGUUGCAUAGCUGUGAAAGUGAAAGAAGAUGAUGAGGAUGAGGAAUAAUCAUAAUCAUAGUAAUAAGACAAAUGGUGUUUCUUCACCUAUAACCUCAGGUGGUUGCAGAGCUGAACCCGGUUCAAUGGAAUGGGAGAUGAGGCCAGGUGGAAUGUUGGUUCAAACUAGAACCACUAACUCGGAUCAAAACCCGGUUUUGGUUCCUACUAUUAGAGUAAGGGUCAAGUUUGGUUCAAUUUAUCAUGAACUCAAUAUUAGCUCACAAGCCACAUUUGGGGAUUUGAAGAAAAUGUUGUCAGGGCCAACUGGAUUACAUCAUCAAGAUCAAAAGUUGUUUUACAAAGAUAAAGAAAGAGAUUCAAAGGCUUUUCUUGAUAUAGUUGGUGUAAAGGACAAAUCGAAGCUAGUGCUAGUGGAAGAUCCUAUAAGUCAAGAGAAAAGGAUUUUGGAGAUAAGAAAGAAUGCUAAGAUGGAGAAAGCUGCAAAAUCUAUCUCACAAAUCAGCUUGGAGGUCGAUAGACUUGCCGGACGGGUAUCUGCUUUUGAAUCAAUAAUUAGCAAAGGUGGGAAAGUUGUAGAAUCAGAUGUGAUUGGUCUUAUUGAGCUAUUGAUGAAUCAAUUGCUUAAAUUGGAUACCAUAAUUGCUGAUGGAGAUGUCAAAUUGCAAAGGAAAAUGCAGGUAAAAAGAGUUCAAAAGUAUGUUGAAACAUUGGACAUGCUAAAAGUCAAGAAUUCUACAACAAAUGGCAAUGAUGUCCAUACAACAACUCAACCUCAACAAAAGCAUCCAAAUGGAAAAAGAUUGGAAACAAUUCAAGAGCAACAACAACAAGAACAACCUAGAAAAACCUCAAAUGAGGUUUCACUAGAACAACAACAACCACCUCCUUCAGGAGUUGUAGUUACUACACAAUGGGAGACAUUUGAAUUUGAUUCUACCCCACCAUUAAUCACAUUUCCAUCUACAUCCACAACUACUCCUUCAAUGAACAAUAAUAAUUCAGGUCCUCCUAAGUUCAAUUGGGAAUUCUUUGAGUGAUGAAUUACAAUGCCACAUGUUUGAAAUUUGUGUGGAUGUUAUUUGGGUUUGUAUUCCACUUGGAGUGUUAUAUGUUUUACAUUCUUUUUGUGUAUUUAGAUUUGUUUGGCAACCCCUAUAUAAUCUGUUAUUUACUUGGGAAAUAAAUGGGGUUGCUAUGAUAGUGAGUAUCAUAAAAAAAAAAGUUUACUUUUAUGUGAUUAUGUGAUUGAGUCCUAUGAAUUCAUUUGCCAAAUGUUUUGAUAUAUUUUUGAUGGAUAUAUAAAGUUGUGUGUAUUUUGUAGUUUUGUAAAGAGGAAAUUGGAUCUUAAUACUUAAGAGAAACCAAUCCCUUGAUUGGACCAAUUCUACUUGUUCUUUGAA